AUGUCUGGUGAGAAGGUGAACGGCGAUGAAUUAUGGCAGGAUAAGGAAAUAAGAUUUGAUGGAUCAUCGAAUGCUAAGUCGUACCAGCAGAUACACGAUGAUCGAGUGAACAGGUUUGAUAAGAUACAAGGAAUAAUCGAAUCGAACUCUUCUGAAAUCAGCUUCCAAGGUGUAAUGCGGAUAACCAACUUGCGAGUCAUAUGGUAUGCCAGUUCGAUGCCAAGAAUAAAUCUUUCCAUUGGAUAUAGCAACAUAACAGGGCUGCAAAGCCGUGAAGUAGCAUCAGAAGACAUUCGAUGGUUCUCACGUUAA